GUCGGACAUGGAUGCAAAUCUUGACUGUAUUGCCCUGAUGGGAUUGGGAUUAUCAGCAUUUGUGUUUAUCACAGGAUGUGCCAACAUGAUCAUCAUGUUUCUCUUGUGGCUCCUGUAUCAUUCGCUGGUGAACAUGGACAAAUCUGGUACUCCUUUGGUUGGGAGUCUCAGCUGCUGGAAACUGGGUUCCUUGCUAUCUUCCUGUGUCCAGUUCUCACCCUUCGUGCCAUCCCACGCCAUACUCCACCAUCCAAGAUUGUCAUCUGGGCUUUCCGAUGGCUUAUUUUCCGCAUAAUGCUUGGAGCGGGGCUGAUCAAAAUCCGUGGAGACAGAUGCUGGAGAGACCUGACUUGUAUGAACUAUCAUUACGAGACUCAGCCUGUGCCAAAUCCUAUUGCUUACUACAUGCACCGAUCACCGUGGUGGUUCCAUUCCUUCGAAGUUCUUGGCAAUCAUUUAAUUGAGCUGGUUGUGCCAUUCUUCCUUUUCCUGGGCCGCCGGAUGUGUGCAAUCCAUGGAGUUCUCCAGAUUCUAUUCCAGGUCAUCCUCAUCGUAAGUGGGAACCUCAGCUUCUUAAACUGGUUGACUAUUGUGCCAAGCAUUGCUUGCUUUGACGACUCCAACCUGGCCUUUCUCUUCAGUUCACGACAAGGAGGGCUCAGGGGUCAAGUAGCCAAGAUUCAGGCUGAGGAGGUCACAGGUCAGGGACCACCCCCUCAUCACGGUACAUUCAUCCGCCGUGUGGUCAACAUUGCCUUUGGAUCCCUCAUCGCCUUCCUCAGUUUGCCAGUGAUUCUAAACCUGCUCAGCACCAAACAAGUCAUGAACACCUCCUUCAAUUCCCUGCGGAUCGUGAACACCUAUGGAGCCUUCGGAAGUAUAACGAAAGAACGGACUGAGGUCAUCGUUGAGGGGACGUCCAGUCUGGAUCCGAAAGACCCCAAUGCCCAGUGGCAAGAGUAUGGGUUUAAGUGUAAACCUGGAGAUCUGCAGAGAAGGCCUUGUCUUAUUACUCCUUACCAUUAUCGACUUGACUGGCUCAUGUGGUUUGCAGCAUUCCAGACCUACGAGCAGAACGCUUGGUUAAUCCAUUUGGCGGGAAAGCUGCUGACUAACGACAGCCAUGCCCUGUCACUCAUCUCCCACAAUCCCUUCGCAGGUAGCCAGCCGCCCAGGUGGAUAAGGGCAGAACACUAUCGAUACAAGUUCAGCCGGCCAGGAGGCAGCCACGCAGGCAAUGGUAAGUGGUGGAUUCGGAAACGUAUUGGGAUGUACUUCCCACCUCUCAGUGUGAAACACCUCAAGCAGUACUUCAAAGAGCAAAACUGGCCACCUCUUGAUACGCAUUGAGAUGCCUUCGCCAGAGAUCCAACAAGAACAACCUGCCACCACCUCAGGAACUGAUGCCUAUUAAAAUACCGUGAAGCACAAUGAAUGUAAUUAAUGUACACUGAAUGCCAACAGACUUCAGCACAGACCAUUUAACCGUACAUAGUCAAUUUGUAUUUUACACAAACUAUAAUGUUGCUAAUUUUCAUAAGCAGUAAGGUGGCGAUUCAUGUUUGAGACCAAUUUGCAGCAUGUUUUCAGCCCUAAAUAAGUAAAUGGGGUUUUAGCAGAGAAAGUGUUGUAACAAUUUUAUGGGUACCAAUUCUGUAGAAGACCACAUGUAUCACCUUCAUUGAUGUUCUUGACUACCUUUCCUCUCCCCAUCUCUUGCCCACAAAAUAUACAGUCAAUUCAAUUUACAGUAUAUUCUGUGAGGCGCUUUGAGACAUCUCAAAGCCGUGAUACGCCGCUAUAUCAAAUGCAAGGAUUGUUAUUGUUAAUCAAUCUCAAUUGCCGUCAGUUGUGCCUGUUAUGAUACGCACGGACUUGUUGUGAAUCUCGUGAAAACAGCGAAUUAAAACUUCCAACGUAA